AUUCAUAGCAUAAUAGCAAAUCCAUCGUACAUUUCUCAACGAUUAUACAUAGAUUUUCAACAUCAAUCACCAGAACAAUACAUCAUAGAGGAAUAACAAAUCUAAAACGGAGAUUUCAAGAGAAAAAUGGAUCCAGUUCUAAACAGAGGAACCCCACCCACGGGAUCAGGCUCUACUCAUCACCUUCACCAGGCCUCUCAAAGUCCCUCAAUUCCAGAAAAUUACCUAGGAAAGGGGAAAUUCCUGCUUUAACCAGAAUACUCCUCUUUUCUUUCUCUGCCGUCAACACCAAAUCCAGGCGAAAGGAAAAAAAUAAAAACCCCAGAACCAAGAAAAACAAAAGAAACGCCUCUCCCUCUUUCGGACUUCUGUCUUCUGCUUCUCUCUUUUUUUUUUCACAAUGACAAGAAGGAAAUGAAACCCAGAAAAGAACCAGAACCCAGAAGAGAAAAACCGAAAGAAAACUUUAAAAAUCAAACCAAAUCCAAAAAUCAACCCCCAAAAGACCUCUGCUUUUUACUCUAUAUAUAUACCCAAACAACAAAAUAAAAUAAAAAUGAAAAAGCCUUGCUUCGUCAAUCACUAAUGAUGCCAAUGUUAUCUGGUAUUGGCUGUUUUUUUCUGUAUGGCUGUAGCAUGCAGGAGGCAAGGGCAUGGGAUUGGGACGCAAAGUGCAGGAGGCGCAGCAACAGGGGCGCAGGCGGGAAGGGCAGGGCUCGGUGCAGCAAAGGGGGUCCUAGCUUGGUGAGCAGGGGAGGUAUGAUUGCUGUAAGUGGGCUCAAGCGUGUAAGGGUGUAUAAUUGCUGGGAUAUGGACGCAGAAGGCACGGUCGGGCGCAGGAGCAAGACUCGGGUGCAAGGCAGGGGAUCUGGGCUCGGCGCAGGGCUGGUGCAGGGGCAAGGCUCGGGUGCGAGGCAGUUGAUCUGGGCUCGGGGCAGAGGAGGGUGCAGGCCGCUGCAGGUGGCUGCAUGUUCGGGUGCAGCAGUAGGGGCGCAAGUAGCAGGGCUAGGGGUCUGGGCUCGGCGCGUAGCAAGCAAGGGGGAGCAAAAGCGUGCAGGGCAGGGGGAGCAGAGCAAAGGGAAUUUGGGUUGCAGAGAGGGGAAGACCCUUUUUUUUUAAUUUUUUGUUUGGUUUUUUCAUUGGGUUUUGGGUCUUUUGGGUUUUGAGUUUUGGGUUUUAGGUUUUGGGUAAUGGUGGGCUUAGGUUUUUGGGCUUUGAGUUUUUGUGGGUUUUGGGUUUGGGUUUGAGGCUUAAAAUUGGAAUGGGAUGGUGUUGGAUUGAGCUAGGCUCAAUAUUGGGUAUGGGCUGGACUUGUAAAUUCGUCUUAAUGAACUUCACCCCUCCAA